UCCGGUUUGGAAGUUGACUUCAGGAUCAACAACAACAUCAUCAUCAGCAGCAGCUCCUGGUCGUUUCCUCCCCUUGUCGUCGCUCGAUCCAUCCCCGCAACCUGCUCACAACUCCUCGUUCGCCGCCUCCCACGCAGUGACAACAACAGCAAGAAGAAGAAGAAGACCGCCUCGAGAUCUCGAGACCCAUCACCUCAUCCAGUGCCGCAUUGAAGCUCGUGCAGGGGCCUGUAACAUUUGUUAUAAAGUGGACGUUCAUAAAAAAAAACACAUUUUUUUUUACUUGCAGAUUAAAGUAAAUCGAUUGUUUUCAUUUGCUAUACAGCCGGAUAAUAAGAAAAAAAAUCGCUAACCUUAAACACCCAGUCGUUUAUAAAAGUCGAAGGCGGUAUAGUACUAUAGUAAUAGAGCAAGUGCAGAAUCACUGAACCGGAAUUGAUAGCGCGAAAUCAUUUAGCGCGGGGCCCUUUGAACUGCGUGGCCCGUAGCUACUACUACAUGUGUAGCUACUUGUGCCGCUAGGAUAAUAAUCCGACACUGGUGGCCUCGUCUCUCUCCUCGUCUCUCUCGUCGUCGUCCUUGUCGUCGUCCCCGUCAUGGUGGUGCAGGCGGCGCGCGUGCGCGCGGACGCGCUCCACGUGUGCCUCACGCACGCGCUCUCCACGGAGCGCGAGGAGGUCAUGGGGCUGUGCAUCGGGGAGGUGGACACAAGCGAGGUGGUUCACAUCUACUCGGUGAUCAUCCUCCGGCGCUCGGACAAGCGCAAAGACCGCGUGGAGAUCUCCCCGGAGCAGCUGUCGGCCGCCUCCACAGAGGCCGAGAGACUGGCGGUGCAGAGUGGGAAGCCGAUGCGCGUGGUGGGCUGGUACCACUCCCACCCACACAUCACGGUGUGGCCCUCGCAUGUCGACGUGGGCACGCAGGCCAUGUACCAGAUGAUGGACGAUUGCUUCGUGGGACUCAUUUUCGCCUGCUUCUCCGACGACAAGAACACCAAGACUGGCCGCGUGCUGCUCACCUGCUUCCAGUCCAUGAAGGUGCCCGGGGAAGAGGAGAUAUCGCGAGUCGAGAUCCCGGUGCAUGUGGUGCCGUGCCCGACCAUCAGCCAGAUGUGCCUGGAGUCCAUCGUUGAGCUGCCCAAGAGCCUGUGCGAGGAGGAGCAGGACGCCUACCGGAGGGUUCUCAAUUUAACCAGCCUGGACCCCAUCACUAAGAUACACAACGGGACAGUUUUCACGAGGAACCUGUGCUCCCAGAUGGCCUACGUGAGUGGGCCGCUGCUGCAGUUCCUGGAGGACCGCAUAGAGCGAAACGCGUGGAGGAUCCGCGAGCUCCAGGCGGAGAAGCAGAAGCUGCAGGAGCAGCUGAAGGCCCUGGAGUAGUGACCCGGGCGGCGGUGACGCGGACAUGGCCGGCUCAAAGCUCCGUUGUCCGCGUGGUCACUGGGAUUGUUGCUUUUGGUUCUCCAUACGUGCGGCCAGGGAUUCGAUCAGUGGCCUGUGUAUGCUCAUGUUGAGGUUGGCGAGUGAGGCAGCGAAUGGCUUCGGUUGCCUCACGGUGAAAGUCCACUGGUGAAUUAUCGCAUCGGGCAUUGCCGUUCCUGUGUGAUCCACGGUUUGAGAUUUAUACUCGCAUAUAUAGAUUCAGACUUACAUAGAGAACUAUAGACUCAAAUGGACGCGGCUUCAAGAUUCGCGUCGUGAAUAUUCCAAACGCUGCCAGUAAAUGAUCGCCAGCCGGCAGUGGCGUUAAUUGUGGUCUAUUGUAUGAGAUCGGUGACCGCAGUCUUGCUGCGGGCUGCUCCGAAUUGUCCAUUGGCGCAAGGAGAUAGCGGCGUCUGCCGUGCCGACGUGUUCCCACUGCCACAUCACACCGGCGGGAGGUACGAGCCGAUGUCCGGUGGCCCCGCGACGACGGCUGUGGUGUUGGUGGGGAGCGCGAAAACGAGAGCGGCGCGUUACGGUGGGGGGCAGGGGGUCAGCGGGUCAACCAUGCAAAUGCUGCCGCCCCAACCCCGUGGACGUGUUGAACCCCCGCUUCACGAGCAAGAGGUCUGGGCGGUGGAUAUACGUGGACGUAACGAUAAGCGUGGAGCGGUGGCACAGCGGUUAGCGCGCGCUGCACCACGAACCUGAUCAGCCGAGUCGGCAUCCCUGGCCACAGAACGGGUCCCGCGUGCCGCUUGCUUCACCAACUUGCACUGACCACACGAUCAAGUGUGGUGGUAAACGACAACAAAACAACCCCCGUAACCCAACUUGGUGUGGCCUUCCUCCAUCCGUGGCUUGAUAAUGGCUGUAAAUUAUUUUAUUGUGCAAAUAGACUCUUAUACAAUCCACAUAAACAAGGCUACUAUAGAAUCUACAUCAGGAAUCUAUUGAGUAAUGUAAACAUACGGAACUGUAAUCUACAUUGAAAUGAAUCUGGAGGAUCUCGUGGCGUAAAUUUAGAAUCCAGAAUGUAGAUUUCACAGCUGUAGAAAUGUAGAGGAAGCAUCGUGUCGUGAAGUCCCACGUGAUAAUAGUUCACCUGGCCAGGCGGCUCAGAAGAAUCGGCGACUCGCAAUCGGAAAGUUGCGAGUUCCAAUCCUGCUUCGGGCUCGACUCGGCCAUUCGGUCACCUUUGGGGUCCAUAAAAUGAAUACCGCUUUGUGGGAAGUUGAUGGUCAUUGUCCGAUGGAUUCAUUCACCACCAUAGGAAUGUGGAAUUUCCAACGCUCGUUCAGGGCUGGAAGCAGAUGCACGUGAUGUCAAUUGCCACGUGGAAUGUCCCAAGAUGAAUGAGUAUCCUUGCGUUUGUUUUGUAAACCGCGUUUGGAGUUAACAUGCCGAGCGUGUUUGAAAUAACACCCGUUUCUCUCAUCAACUACAAUCAGUUAUCCUACAGCGCCGCGUGUUAUUAUAACGGGAAUUGGAUAUAACGUGAUGAAUGUAUGAGGGAACACAUUUUUUUAUAACAUGGAUGUGAGCGGGAUAAAACUGUUCACCCUGCAAAUGCAUCUCACGUCGUAUCGCGGACUCUGCUUGAUCCUACAUUGUUAUUAAAAUGCGAUUUUUCCAUAACCCGGUGUUCAUCAGGAACGCAACUACCACGUGAUAAGAGAGCGGACUACACCAUAAUCAACCUUGGCAAACUUCUCGUCCUUAGUCAUGGGAUUUGACAUGUAUGUAAAUAUAUAAAUAAAACUACUGUCAACAAGGA